GCAUUUUAAAAAAUAAUCCAACGCUCCAAAACGAAGCCCAUUGGAAACUAGCCGUUACAUUAUCUGGCGUAAAAUCUUCCCACAUCUCUUCUACUCCGCGCGAUCUCAUGAAACCUAACCCUAAUAAUCAGUCAUCAAAAGCAUAAUCACUCACUAGCGUCUAGCAGAUUAUCUGUUCGUUCAUCUUCCUCUAAUCUGCAAGUUUUUUGGAACAGAAAUUGCGCUGAAUUGGAUGGAUCCGAACAGCAAGUCCAUCGAAGUAAAAACCCACAAAAUGAAGAGUUCAGAAAAUUCCGAUCCUAAUAUCGGUACUGACGGUCUAAAGUUGUCAAAAUCUCCUUCCAUCACAAAAUCACCUGCGAAGAUUAAAAAAUCGGUUUCUAAAGAUCACCGCCUGAACCCCGCUCCAGUGAUUUCGCCUUCACCUCAGAAGAAGAUUCGGCAGAGGAGGUUUGUGGUGGUCAAGCGGAACACCAAGAGAGAUAUCUCAAAGCCUUUGACAGCAUCCUCAUUUGAGUGUAAGUGCAACAGAGGCGGUGGGCAGAAGUGCUUGUGUCUUGCUUAUGAAAGUCUCAGGGCUUCUCAGGAGGUAUUUUUCAAUAAUGGCAGUGGAAUUGAUUGUGAUGAAAGCUUCCCUGAGGAUUUGAAGAUACUCCGUGACGCUGAGGUUAGGAGGGAUGAAGGUAAAGAGAAGGACGAAAAUUUGAAGAUACUCUGUGAAACUGAGAUUCAAAGGGAUGAAGAUAAAGAGAAGGACGAAAAUUUGAGGAUACUCUGUGAAGCUGAGAUUAGGAGAGAUGAAGGUAAAGAGAAGGAAGAAAAUCACGAAAUUAGAGACGUGGGAGGUUCUGAAGGCUGUGGGGGAAUUUCAGUUAAAACGGACUGUUCUUCUCCUAUGACUUACAUGAAUAAACUUCAGUCGAUUGAGCAAGAGGUGUUUGCUGAAAUGGGUGCGUCAACUAUCAAAAGAACGAGGGACAGAUUGCUGGAAGAGGCUAGAGAAAAUGUACCUGAACCAGGUUCGGGAAGAGUGAAGCACUUGGUGAAGGCGUUCGAGAAGCUUCUUUCAAUUCGGAAGUCAAAGGAUACAGAAGAUGCUGAAGAAGAUGAGACGAGCAAAGGGUUGAAAUGGGCAUUGCCAGGUUUACCCCCUCCGAAUCCUCACGAGGCCCAUGCCUCUUCAUCUUCAUUCUGUCCAUCUGAGUAUUUCCUCACUUCCGAGAGCUUAGGCUUAGCACCACGCCUGGCUUCUUCAUUUAGCAGCCAAGGAAGCAUUUCGAGCAGGACUUCAGAUGGUGGAAGAAUGAUCAGAAGAAAAAGUGCCGAAUCCUCUAGGACUCAUGCUAGAAGGCAGUGUAAGAGAGGGAAACUUAAAACAGUAACCUCCCAGAAACCCUUUAAACUCAGAACUGAGGAAAGGGGGAAGUAUAAAGAAGAAGAGUUUUUCAAGAAAGUAAAAGAAAUUACGGAAGAAGAAGAGAAGCUGCGCAUACCAAUUGCACAAGGUCUUCCAUGGACAACAGAUGAGCCAGAGCGUUUGAUAAAGCCCCAGGUCAAAGAAAACACAAGGCCUAUAGAUUUGGUGUUGCAUAGUGAUAUCAGGGCUGUUGAGCGGGCUGAAUUCGACUAUCAGGUGUCAGAGAAAUGGAACCUUAUUGAACAAUACAGAAUGGAAAGAGAUAGACUAAGGAAGUUGGCUGAGGAAGAAGAAAUAAGAAGACUGAGAAAGGAGCUUGUUCCAAAGGCUCAACCCAUGCCCUACUUUGACAGACCUUUUAUUCCUAGAAGGUAUUUUAAUAGUUUUGGCUACUACGCUUAAAACGACAUGCUAAUUAUAUUAGGGGUGAUUCUGGUUUUGGAUUUUCUUUGUUUUAGGUCUGAAAAGGCCCCCACAAUACCAAAAGAGCCAAAAUUUCACAUUCAACACAAGAAGAUGAAAAGUUGUAUGUCUUGGAAUUACGAUGAUAUGUUUAUGCAUCAUGAGUGAAAAGGGAUGAUGGAUGGUUGUUCAAAAAUCCACAGUUCAACCUAUUGGUCAUGUCAUCAAUAUUCAUUUGUGUAUAUGAAACAAUAAGUUCUUGAUUGUGCAGAGGUCAAAAUUUUGGAGAAAAGUCCUCAUUUUAGCACAAAGGCGUGUUCCCUUCUAUAAUGAAGCAGAGUUUGUGCUUUUUUCAUGAGUUUGUGCUAUGAAAUCUACGGGGCGGAUUUAGUACUUUACUGAUAGUGAUCAUUCUAUAAUGAAUACAUUACCAAAUUGAAACAGGCCUCCACAAGGAAAGGUUAUAGAAAUCUAAUUCAAUUACCGAUACUCAUCUUCUUAGGAUUUGAAUUUUUGUCUCGAGAAAGAGCAAUUCGGAUCAAGUUAGACCAUUUUCAAGAUAUGUGAUUUUUUAGCUUUAAUUGGGUUGAUUUCGUUGCGGAUUAGUAAUUUGGGUUGCACUGCACCGAAGAGUAAAUUUAAUGAGUGCUAGAAUUCAAAUUAUACGGAGUAUGUAUUAGAAACUAGUUUCAAAUGGAGCUCAGAAUUACCUCAAAAUUCGGGUAUCCUUCAUUUGGAUUUUUAUGAAAUCCAUGAAAAUUAGGGUGUUCUCAAACAUUUUGUGGAUUUCUGUUGUGACUUAUUUGAAUGGAUUUUAAUGAACUUUG